AGGGAGAGCGCUGUGCUGCCUGAGGUCUCCGAGCGGCUCACCAUGGCUGGCCCGCAGCAGCAGCCCCCUUACCUGCACCUGGCCGAGCUGACGGCGUCCCAGUUCCUGGAGAUCUGGAAGCACUUCGAUGCCGACGGAAAUGGGUAUAUUGAAGGCAAAGAAUUAGAAAACUUCUUUCAAGAGCUGGAGAAAGCAAGAAAAGGUUCUGGCAUGAUGUCAAAGAGUGACAACUUUGGGGAAAAGAUGAAGGAGUUCAUGCAGAAGUAUGACAAAAACUCGGAUGGGAAAAUCGAGAUGGCAGAGCUGGCACAGAUCCUGCCGACUGAGGAGAACUUCCUUCUGUGCUUUCGACAGCACGUGGGCUCCAGCGCCGAGUUUAUGGAGGCCUGGCGGAAGUAUGACACAGACAGAAGCGGCUACAUUGAAGCCAACGAGCUCAAGGGAUUCCUGUCUGACCUGCUGAAGAAGGCGAACCGGCCGUAUGAUGAACCUAAGCUCCAAGAGUACACCCAAACCAUACUGCGGAUGUUCGACUUGAAUGGGGAUGGCAAACUGGGCCUCUCGGAGAUGUCCCGACUCUUGCCUGUACAGGAAAACUUCCUGCUUAAAUUUCAGGGCAUGAAGCUGACCUCAGAGGAGUUCAACGCCAUCUUCACAUUUUACGACAAGGAUGGAAGUGGCUACAUUGAUGAGAAUGAGCUGGACGCCCUUCUGAAGGAUCUGUAUGAGAAAAACAAGAAGGAAAUGAAUAUCCAAGAGCUCACCAACUACAGGAAGAGAGUCAUGUCCUUGGCCGAGGCGGGGAAGCUCUACCGCAAGGACCUGGAGAUUGUCCUCUGCAGCGAGCCCCCCAUGUAAAGGGGAGGGCAGAGGCUGCUUCUCCACUUCCCCCAAACCCUGCCCCUUGCUGCCCUGGUACUUCUAUCCAGACCCGGAGAUCACGAGCUCUCCUCCCCCCGCCCCUGCAACCUGCACACACUAGCCCGCAGAGCAGGAAAGGAGAGAUGGAGGAUGGGCUGCUGACUGGCCUCCUGAAGCUUCCCCCCAACCCAACCCUGACCUGACCAGACAUACGGCUCUGCCUCAGUGGGGCACCAACCAACUGCGUGGAAGGUGGGCAGGGCGUGAGUGAAGGUUCCCCGACUCUUCGCUGUGAUGCAUGAGCUCAUUCACUGUAUGAUUUAGGCUUCUAUGUCCAACAGAGCGAACCCUUCCCUCUCGCUCCCCUCCGCCCGUCCCCCAUGCCAGCGCCCACCCCCAAGUUCCACCCGCCGCCUUGCUAACGGCGUAGCUGUCUUCUCAGAGUUCCUGUUGGUGGAGGGCACCUGCCCCUUCCUUGUCUUCUUGACUCAGCGUGCUCCUUUCCUCUUAGGGUUUCUUGUCUUCUUGUUUACCAAAGAACAGUUUACAGACAAUAAAAUGGAAGUGUUCUGCUGUGGAAGCUGGCCC